AUGCGGGCACCGCAGCAAUUCAUCCCCGCUGCGCUCUCUCUCCCUCUCCGCGCAUCAAGGGAUGUCAAGGCGGCGCCGAAUUCUACUGGCGGCGGCCGAUUCGACGGCGUAGAUCUACUUGAAGCCAGAGCAAAGAUGGCGGCUAUCGGCGGCGGCGACGGGGGGAUGGUUCCCCUUGCGGCGCUAAUCCGGCGGGAGUUGAAAAGAAGGGAGCCGGAGAAGAUGCGGAUACGGAGGGAGAGAGUGACUGCUUGUGGAGGAGAGGGAGGAAGGCUUAGUAUUGUGGGCGGCGCUGAGAUUGGCCCCCUCCGAUGCUGGCCUGGUGGGUUGUGUCUUUCCAGGUCCAUUGGAGAUAUGGAUGUGGGAGAGUUUAUAGUUCCCAUACCACAUGUUAAGCAAGUAAAGUUAGCGAAAACAGGGGGAAGGUUAAUAAUUGCUUCAGAUGGCAUUUGGGAUGCAUUACCAUCUGAGAUAGCUGCAAAAUGUUGUCGCGGGCUGACUGCAGAGCUUGCUGCUCGACAAGUCGUAAAGGAAGCACUGAGGUCAAGGGGGCUGAAAGAUGACACAACAUGUAUUGUUGUUGAUUUGAUUCCACCAAAUGAUUUCAUAGAAGGGCCUCCAUCACCACCGAAAGAAUUGAACAAACUAAAGUGUUUAGGUUUCAGAAAAAAGUCGCGAGAUUCUCCCAGCAAUCUGGCGAAGAAAUUGUCUGCUGUUGGUGUGGUAGAAGAAUUAUUCGAAGAAGGUUCAGCAAUGUUGGCCGAGAGGUUAGGAGGACAUCAGUCUGCAUCAUCAAAAUUAUAUUCCAGUCUCUUCAAAUGUGCUAUUUGCCAAUUGGACCUUGCUCCUUGUGAGGGCAUAUCAGUUCAUGCUGGCUCCAGGCCAUGGGAAGGCCCUUUCCUCUGCGCCGACUGCCGGAACAAGAAGGACGCCAUGGAAGGCAAGCGACCGAGCGGCGUGAAGGUCCCGUAGCUCUUCCUCACCUUCUCUAUUCUUGAUUCUUUUACUGGAUUAACAAAAAAAAAAAAUAUUUUUUUUUUUAUUUUGUCUGCCAUUUUCCUGAACUUUUUCUUAAUUACAUGUUUAGAGGGUAGCUGGGUUAGUUAGUGAUGAUGGAAUGUGGCAUUUUAUUAUUAAAUUCCUUUCUUUUGGAGGGCUUUAAUCCUCAGAGUGUGUAGUAGCUUGUAACACAUAGCUCAGAAUAUAUUGUGGAAUGAGUUCAUAACAUUAUUGUUAUUAUUAUUAUUGUACAUUUUAUUAACAAUUUACAUGAUUUGAUGAAUUUGUGGUGAGUUUGGA